CUAACUUUGACGACAUCGUAUCAUCUCACAUACACGCCCGAUCACGCCAAACAAAGAGUCGCUAGAGUAACGAAACAUCUGCAUUUGAGAUACACUAGGUAACAACAAAAUCAGCAAUGGAAAGACUUGAUGAAUACUCGGUGUCUGGGGACAACAAGAGCAACAAUAGCGAUACCAACGAGAAUAUGGAUGGCAAGCCUGAAGUUUCCUCUGGAUACCAAGGACAGACCUUUGUCUAUCAAGAAUUGCCGGCGAGGAUAACAAAUCCAGUGAAACUGGCAGCAUUGCUCAGGACGCAAUUUGGGGUCGGAAAAUACGAGGUAUCGAUGAUUCGGAGUGUCUACAACGUUGGCACUCCCCGAAGGCUAUCUUUGACAGAAAUAUCACUGUGUAGAGGGCUGUGA